AUGUUUGCCACUAUAUUUAACUGCACAUUGGCCUCAGAUGUCAAAGCAGUCCUUGUGGAACAUCACAAGUUGACCUUCCUUAAAUUGGCCAAAGCCUCCUCCUAUCUGCGGGAUCCAGAUUGUCUGUUUUUGGCCACUGAUGCGGACCCCUGGCACACGAUGGAAGGACACUACCAGGUAUGGUACUGAUGCUGUGCACCUACUCAACUAACCUACUGGUGUGUGUGUGUGAGAGAGAGAACAUAAUCUAUUUCCAAUUCUCAUCUCUCAGGUUCUGGUUGUCUGACGGCAGCCUUGGAGGUGGCCACAGGCCGGAAAGCCACGGUGAUCGACAAGCCCAGCCCCUUUAUGUUUGAGUGCAUCUCCAGUCAGUUCAGAGUGGACCCAGCCCAGUGCCUGAUGGUGGGGGACCGUCUGGAGACAGACAUGCUGUGGCCUAGAUACCAUGCUUCACUCAAAGGUACAGUGCCUCUCAGAUGA